GACGCUGAACAGUUUCGAAGAAGGCGCGCAUCGCGACACCACGCGCUGUAGUACGACAUGUCGAAAAACAAGCUGGACGAACUGCGGCACUACUGAGCAAUACUUAAUGUUGUAGUUGUUUAAAAGAGAAAGUGACAUAUCGGGCUUUUAACCACGGGUUUGUCCAGUGAUCCUCUCCCUAAAAAGCGAUGCUGGUCACCGUUUUCUGCGCGCCGAGGGAUCGCCCAGAAACCACGUUCGCCCUCGAUGUGUCCCCGGAGAUGGAGCUGAGAGACUUUGUUGCACUCUGUGAGCUGGAGUCCGGAAUUCCAGCUGGGGAAAUCCUGAUCACGUAUGUAGAACAGCCCCUAAAAGACCCCACUCGUGCCUUGGGGACCUAUGGUGUUAAGGAUGGAGACGUGGUGGUUCUCAGGCAAGCUGACAGGAGGCCACCACCAACUCAACCAGCCUUUCCAGGUCUGCCUCAUAUCGACUUUCGUUCCAUCACAGUUCCAGGCACCUCUUCUGCUGCUUCUUCUACUCAACGUAGUGCUAUAAGGCCACAGCAACAACCUACGCAGCAACGUGCUCCAAAUCCUUCCACACCAAUGGCCUUUAGUGGCUCCUCUCCUCAGGGGCUGGAUGACCCUGCCUUACUCCAGCAGAUGCUGUUAUCUAAUCCACAUGAACUUUCACUUCUAAAGGAGCGAAAUCCACCACUUGCUGAAGCCCUGUUGAGCGGAGACUUGGAACGUUUCACCAAAGUGCUGCUAGAACAACAGCAGGAUCGAGCCAAGAGAGAACAAGAGAGGAUCAGACUUCUGACUGCUGAUCCUUUUGAUUUGGACGCCCAAGCAAAAAUUGAGGAGGACAUAAGGCAGCACAAUGUGGAAGAGAACAUGACCAUUGCAAUGGAAGAAGCCCCUGAAAGCUUUGGACAGGUGGUUAUGCUCUAUAUUAACUGCAAAGUCAAUGGCCACCCAGUGAAAGCUUUUGUUGACUCAGGAGCUCAGAUGACCAUCAUGAGUCAAGCCUGUGCUGAGCGCUGUAACAUCAUGCGGCUUGUGGACCGACGCUGGGCUGGGAUUGCCAAGGGAGUGGGCACCCAGAAGAUCAUCGGCAGAGUUCAUUUGGCUCAGGUCCAGAUAGAGGGGGACUUCCUCCCUUGUUCUUUCUCCAUUCUGGAGGACCAGCCAAUGGACAUGCUGCUUGGCCUGGACAUGUUGAAGAGACACCAGUGUUCAAUUGACCUGAAGAAAAGCGUGCUGCUGAUCGGCACUACGGGCACGGAAACUCGCUUCCUCUCUGAGGCAGAGUUGCCCGAAUGUGCGCGACUUGCAUACGGAGCCGAAGGACGCGAAGAUGUCCGUCCGGAUGAGAUUGCUGACAGAGAACUGGCAGAGGCACUUCAGAGGUCCAUACAAGAAAGCGACACUGCAGAUGGACAAACUACCUCACCACAGCCCCCACCAUUUACAUUACCCAGAACCUUAGACCAAAUGUCUACCUUACCUUCCCAAAGCCCCUGCUCUGCCCUGCCCCAGACUCUGGAUUGCUCUCAGCGUGCCCCAGCCUCCAUGGAGGCCUCGGCACCGGAGCAGUGCCAGGACCAACCUGGCUUUCAGGAGUUUGCUCAGCCUUCAUCCAAAGCAGAGGAUGCUGGUUCUGCGGGUCACCAGGUCCAACCGCACCCUCUGCCUCUCCAUAGCAACUCCCCUGUAUCCAGUACCGAAACAGACGACCUGCCUUCAUGUACCUCUCCUGCAGACAUGACUAUCCCUUCCCAAGAACCCGAGGGGGAUGUGUUUACUAGAGCCUCAGACGCUGAUGCUGAAUCAUUUGAGGUGGGGGACAGCUCCACGCCCCCUCAUCCUGAAGAGCUUCCCCAGAUCCAACCCAUGGAGCAGGAGACAACAGAGCCUGUCACAGCUGAUACAACAGAAGCCAGUCCUCCUAGCCAACCCGACCCGGUUGAAAUGGAGUCCCCAGUUGCUUCGGAGGAUGGGGCCUCUGAGAGGGACCAGCCUGAAGGAGAGCACGGCUCUGAUAACAUCCCUUCGCUGGCAGCUGCUUUGAUGGAGCUUCACGAGCUGCUCGUGUCCAACAACUGUGCUCAGGCCCAUAACCACAGCACCUCGUGCUCCCCGUCACAUCCGUUUGAGGAGGACACGGAUGAAGCGGCCUCCAAGCCUUGUGUCCCAUCAUCCGAAAACAUCCAGUCUACCCCCUCCACUGUCAUUACAGCUGGUGCAGAACCAAGUGAUGCCAAAGCCAACCACACUGCUGCUGUGUCCGAGGGUCUGUCUACGUGUCUUGUGCCUGACAGCUCCGGCCCCGAUGAGCGUCUGUGUGGAGAUACAGGAGAGACUCUGGAGGCACACGAGCAACCGCAGCAUCCAGAUGACUCCGGGGAGGGGAGGGCGGAUGGACGUGGGCAAGAUGAUGCCAGUAACAUCAACAAUCUUCAGCUUGAUCCAGAGGCUCCUCCUGACCCUGCAGGUGACCUUGAGUUCCGGGAGCCUCCUGAGGGGCAGCAGGAGAGAGGGGUCGCAGACGGACGAGACUCUGGCACCAACACCCCAGACACUCUUGGCCUUCAGACUGAGCACACCUUUCUCAGUCCCUUGUCACUGGCAGUAGGCUCGCCCGAGGAAGUCUCUUGCAGCACAUCAUCCUCUGUCCCUCCUCUUGCUCAGGCUCCCCAGCCUACAGUCCAUCCUGGCCCUUUCCUCCCUUCUCCGCAUCCCUUUAUUGAACAAUUUCCAGCUGAGCACAUCCAGAGAAUCCAGGCAGCAGGCUUUUCUGCUAGGGAGGCUGCGGAGGCACUGGAACAAGCCCAUGGGGUUGUGGAGCUGGCUCUGCUAGCACUGCUAGCCCGCAGUAUCACUGUGCCCACCUAGACUCACAAUCAGACACCCGAGUCCCCCAGCCUCCCAGCUCAGCAUCUGUCUUAUUUAUACCUUGUUACUGAUCCAGAUGUCUGUCCCUUUUUAACAGGGAGCACGUUUAAACACAGGGAAAUGCUGUUUUAUGGUUUGUCUUACGAAGUAUUCAAGAACAAAUAAUGGCAACAUGAAUACUUUUUCUGGAUAUAACAGAUAUGUGAGGUGUGUUUGCAUGCAGAUGUUUUGGUGCCCAAAUCAUUUCGUUGAUUUUUAGACAUUUAAAAUGAUAGGUUGAUUUUCUUUUUGUUUUGUUAUCCAACGUUGACAUUAAAAAUGCCCAAUAAGAUUCAUUCUUCAACCACUAAAUAUUGUUUUAUUUUCCCUUUUGAUAUCUAAAACCUAUUGUUAGGUUAACUUUUACUUUAUGACAGAUUUAAGUUCUUUGCGCCUACUCCCUAUUUCCCGUUUUGUUUGGAAAUCACUUUUUUUUUUUUUAUCAAGUUUGGUUGAUCCUUCCUGCAGAUUGGUGCAAGCAGAGUCCACGGCCCUUGUCACACUAAAAGUAAAGUGUGUGUUGAAGUAUGACCGUAGAUGGCGUUUUUCUGUAAGUGUUACAGAAGGUAUCUUGUACUGUAUGAAUCAUCCUGCGCAGUUUGAAAGCUUUGCCAUGUACAUUUACAAAACUGUUUGUAGCUCCUGUCCAGAAACUCAUUCUUGUGUCAAAUCAAAGUUUGUGUUUUCAUACUUUAAAAAAAAUAAACAUCCAUUUUCAUUUUGUAAUAUGUUAGAAAAUGUCAGUACAUGAAGAAUUGUAUGGCUUUGAGUCAUAUACCAACAAAGUUCAGGCAGAUUUAAUUAUUUACUUUUAUCUUGUAUUAAAUUUUAAAAUGCAAAUAAAAUGGAAAUAGUAUUUGUAAA